AUGCUGUUAGCCAACUUUUUGCAUUUGCUAGCGGGAUUAGCGUUGUUCUUUUUUACAGUUCAUUACAUUUAUUACAUCGUAACAGCACUGUAUCGGUUUUCUGCUAGCGCACAGAUGCAAUCGGAAGAUGCGAAAUACAUCAAAAAACGAUGGAAGGGGGGAACUGUCGAACCUCACCCCACCGAAAAAGCGCUUAUUGUGAAUUACAAGCUGGAAGCUGCUGUCUUCGGUGACCCUGGAGAUCCAAUGUUGGAGGACAAAAAGGACUGUCAACGGAUCAUACGGCUAAAGUCAUUAAAUUCAAAAACAGAUCCCGCUGUACUCGCGCGAGAAGUGGUAGAAAAGUGUGACCUAAUCCACAAAUCUCAGCUCUGCGACAUUGAGCAAAUUAUCUACUACUUGAAGAAUCGCAAAGUGGUGGAAACACCUGUCGUCGGCACUGGACACCAACGGUCCGUUUCGCGUAUUUCCGAUAAACCUAGCUCCACCAUAGAUACGGAAAAGGCUUCAAUCAGAAAUGUUGACGAUUAUAUCGAGUUGCUUUACGAGGAUUUGGCUGAGAAGGUGAAGGGUUCCCGGCUGAUACUGCAGCUAGCGCGUGAUCCAGAUAACUUGGAAGAAUUGGAAAAGAAUGAAGCGGUACUCAGUGCGCUUUCUCGCGUGCUACGCGAAGACUGGCGACGCUCGCUGGACCUUUCGACCAACAUCAUUUACAUCUUCUUUUGCUUUUCUACCUACACCAACUUCCAUUCCGUCAUAGUGAAUUAUAAGAUUGGUUCGCUCUGCAUGGAUGUGAUCGAUUACGAGUUGCGCCGAUACGAUCAGAUGAAGCAUGAUAUUGAUGCGCGCAAAAGCAUGUCCGCAAGCUUCAGCAAUGGUAAUGUGAAGGAAAAGGAUAUUGAAACCGUCGGUGUGAAGAGUAGCAACGAACAGCUGGAUACAAUUAUCGACCAAGAAAAGCCAAAAGAGAUGGAACCACCCAGAAGACGUAUACCGGAACUGAAGCAACGCCCAAAAUCGGGCAACUGGAGCAGCAAUCUAAGUGGAAGUGGCAUCAGUUUGAAUAGCCCGCUUACAAAAGCACACUCGAUGAAUAACAGCUACCACGAGCAGCUGACAAAUGAAUCUAGUCCUACCAACCAUGGUUUCGCCAGUCCAAUCGCUAGCUCAAACUCGACCGAGUCGAUGAACGCUACCGGAAGCGUACCGCACACACCCGGCUCGGCUGGAACGGACAUGGCCGUGUCCGAAAAACCCGAUCCGCGCAAACUAAAAGACGACUACGAUAAGAUCAACAAACAGUUCAAACUCUUUGUCCGCAAGCAGGAACAGUUGCUGCGUGUUGCUUUCUACUUGCUGCUCAACAUAGCCGAAAACGUAAAGCUGGAGGAAAAGAUGCGCAAGAAAAACAUUGUGAAAAUGCUACUGACCGCACUGGAGCGACAAAAUUUUGACCUGCUCGUGCUGGUUGUUACUUUCCUGAAGAAGCUUUCCAUCGUGCUGGACAACAAGGAGGAAAUGUAUGAACUUAACAUCGUGGAAAAGCUACCACGGUUGCUUCAAUCCCAGAAGGAUCUCGUGCAGAUGACGCUGAAACUGCUGUUUAAUUUAUCGUUUGAUGCACGCUUGCGGGCGAAAAUGAUACGCGUCGGACUGCUGCCGAAGCUCGUCACCUUUCUCAGCGACGAUAAACAUCACGGUAUAGUGACGAAGAUUCUGUACCACAUGAGCCUGGACGAUAAGGUGAAGUCCAUGUUUACGUACACCGACUGUGUGCCGGUGGUCGUCGACAUGCUGCUGCUGAAUCUGAACCAAAAGUCUGACCCGGAUCUUAUCGCGCUUGGCAUCAAUUUGGCCUUGAACCGGCGCAACGCGGCAAUGAUGAUCGAAAACAAUCGCCUGCACAGUCUGAUGUCGCGUGCAUUUAAAUGUCAGGAUACGCUGAUUAUGAAGAUGAUACGAAACAUUUCACUACAUGAUACGCUGCGGCCGCACUUUGUGGAUUUUGUGGGCGAUCUCGCUAAAAUUUUAACCGAGUGUGAUGAAGAAGAAUUUUCCGUCGAGUGUCUUGGUAUUCUGGGCAACUUAGCGCUAGCUGAUUUAGAUUAUUCACAAAUUAUUCAUAACUUCAACCUUAUACCACUUAUUCGCAAUAUGCUUGUACCAGGUAAAUACAAGGAUGAUCUGGUUUUAGAGAUGGUUGUUUUUAUUGGCACGUGCGCACUGGAUGAAUCGUGCGCUAUGCUCUUAUGCAAAGCGGAUGUUAUUCUAUCCCUAAUCGAGCUGCUAAAGGCCAAACAGGAAGACGAUGAGAUGGUACUGCAGAUAGUGUUCGUGUUUCAGCAGGUAUUGCGCCACGAAAGCACACGCUGCUACAUGAUCAAGGACACGGAAUCGCCGGCCUAUCUGAUCGAUCUGAUGCACGACAAAAACGAAGAAAUACGACGUGUUUGUGACGUGUGCCUCGACAUUAUUGCAAUCACUGACAGUGAAUGGGCAUCGAGAAUAACGCUUGAAAAGUUUCGUAACCAUAACAGCCAGUGGCUUAGUAUGGUGGACUCACAAGAAACGGCUGACGACAUUCAAACGUACGGUCCGAUUGAGGACGAUGAGGCCGAUCUGCCCACCUACCUUACGUCCGAAUAUCUCGAUCAGCUUUACCUGCUGGGCGGUGACACGAACGACGAGAAUGAUUGCAACAAACAUCGCUCUGGUUCUUCAAUGUCUAAUUACAGUCGUCCCGUCAGUCGCUAUAGCCGUGAUCUAGAAGAUAUGGAAAUUAUUCAUUAA